GUGGAUAGACUGAGGCAGAACCGAAUCUUCAUAAUCUCUACCACAUAUACAAGAAGAAAACAAAACACAAGACUAUCAUCAAUCAAUCUCCACUCUUCGUCAAUGGCUUCUCUGAAGCUUUCACCUUCUUCACCAAUCUCUAUCCCUAAGAGCAGUGGAUAUGUUGGUAGGAGAGGAGUUUCAUUUAUUGUUCGGGCUGAACAAUCUCCCUCUUCCUCUUCUGAUCUUCAGGAUAAAUGUGAGAGGAGACGUGUGGUGGUAACGUUAGGUGUUGUUGCUCCUUGGAUCUCAUUGCUUAGUAAAGCUCCAGCAUCAUUUGCUGCAGAAAGCAAGAAAGGAUUCAUGUCUGUCUCUGACAAUAAGGAUGCAUAUUCGUUUCUAUAUCCCUUUGGUUGGCAGGAAGUGGUGAUUGAAGGUCAAGAUAAGGUAUACAAAGAUGUGAUUGAGCCCUUAGAAAGCGUUAGUGUCAAUUUGAUACCAACUAGCAAACAGACUAUCAAAGAGUUCGGCCCACCAAAGGAGAUUGCUGAGACACUGGUAAAGAAAGUUUUGGCACCACCAAAUCAGAAGACUACUCUUAUUAAUGCAUCAGAGCAAGAAGUGGAUGGGAAGACUUAUUAUCAGUUUGAGUUCACUGCUCAGGCUAGAAACUACACUCGCCAUGCGUUGGGUGUCAUCACAGUUUUCAAUGGUAUGUAUAUCAUCAGCGUAAUCAUGACUCUAAAACAUACACGUAUACAAUGCAACGGUAGUAAAUGGUGUUUUUUUUACUGUGCAGGAAAAUUCUACACAUUGACGACUGGGGCUAAUGAAAGAAGGUGGGAGAAGAUGAAAGAUAGGCUUCACACUGUGGUAGAUUCUUUCAAGAUCACUGUUUGAAAAAAUAUCAAGUUUGGUUUGGUCACCACUUAUGUUUUGAAAAAGCCUGAGUUUUUUGUUCAUUCUUCUUGUCUCUUUUCAUUAACACUAUUCUUCUCCAGUAAGAGAGACUCAAUACUCUGACAUUUCUACAUUGUUUCCCAUUAUAUAUCUGAUCGUCUGAGAGGAAUGCUAUUCUCA